AAUCGAGGUGUGAUGAGACAAAGAUGAUAAUUAGGCUAGCGAGUCACGAUUGCGUCACGUCACCGCCCCACAUGUGCACACAGUACAUGACCAUAAUUACUGGCAGUACAUUUUCGUCUGCACAUGUAAACAUAUCAUCGAACUGAAUACUCAGCAAAUAGUUUGAGCAAGAGAUAUUACACGGUGACCUGUAAAUAUGCAAAAGUGGAUUGCUAACGUGGGUUAAGUACGCCUUAUUGAUGAUCAUCCUCAGUGUGGAGUUGGUUACAGUCAACAGAGACACACAGUAACCAUGGCAGCAGCAGCAGCAUCAGAGAACAUUCAGAAGCAGGCAUCCUCGCUCUUCUCUCAAUUGAAAUACGAGCAUCUGGUAGCUGGUAUCAGUGGAGGUGUUCUGUCUACUAUGGUUCUUCAUCCUUUGGAUCUCAUUAAAAUCAGGUUUCAAGUGAAUGAUGGUAACCAAGCCCGACCCACAUACAAUGGACUGAUCCAUGCCUGUAGGAGCAUUGUCACACAGAGGGGUUAUCGAGGACUCUAUCAAGGCGUAAUACCCAACGUCUGGGGCGCUGGGGCAUCUUGGGGAUUCUACUUCUUUUUUUACAAUGCAAUAAAGACAUACAUGCAGGCAGAUACAUCUACACCACUAGGUGCUGGUCAUCACAUGUUAGCUGCUGCACAAUCAGGUGUGAUGACUCUCUUCAUAACUAACCCUAUCUGGGUUGUGAAAACUCGUCUCUGUCUUCAGUAUGAUGGUAUUGACAAGAAGUUAGAUACAGGUCAUUCAGGUAGAAGAUACCGAGGGAUGUUAGAUGCCUUGUACAAGAUCUAUAGAUAUGAAGGACUACGGGGACUGUAUAAGGGUCUCGUUCCAGGACUGUUUGGUGUAUCCCAUGGUGCAUUGCAGUUUAUGGCCUACGAGGAGCUCAAGAAAUCUUAUAAUAGUUACAUGAAUCUUCCAUCAAAUGGACAACUGGGUGCUUUAGAGUACAUCACCUUUGCAGCAUUAUCCAAGAUGUUUGCCGUAUUAACAACGUACCCCUACCAGGUAGUACGGUCCAGGUUACAGGAUCAACAUGCACAGUACCAAGGAGUCAUCAACACAAUUAGGAUUACACACAGGGGUGAAGGAUGGAAAGGUUUUUACAAGGGACUGAUGCCAAACCUCUUAAGAGUCACACCUGCAUGCUGUAUUACAUUUGUUGUUUAUGAGAAGAUCUCCCAUGCUCUGCUGCCAUCCAAAGGAUGAACCAGAUAGACCAGAUUCAGAGGGUGCGGUAAUAUUCAGGACCUCCUACAACAACAGAGGUAGCCAAGCUGAGAUUUGAAGAUGAUCUAAACGAGUGCUGCAAUCAUUAGUGAGGAAUUGACAUUGCACAAAUAUACUAUUCCAUUUGCAAGGUUUCUCAUUUCAAGUGAUGCAGCGGUUUCAUUCUUAAUCAUCAGAUAAAGCCCAUAGUACUCUUUGACUAGUUUAUUUCUCAUUUUAGUUGUGAACAUUUGAAACCCAUUUUUUGAUUUGCAUUAAUUAAUUUAAGCAUUAUAAAAUUGUUACUCCCUUUUAUAUGUUCCCUUCUUGUAUGCCUUACUGCAACCCUGUAUGUUGUAUGUAAUUUGUAGAAUAUCCUUUGGCACUAAGGGUUUUGAUAUUUGGGAACUUAAAAUCCUAGGGCAAGUUUAACAAUACCAUCAUGAGUUCUUGUAUGUAUGUAUGUAUGUAUGGACACCUCAAAGAAAAUUGCCUUAUAAAAUUCACAUCGGUUAUUCCCGACUUAGACUUGUGAUGCUUUCAAGAAACUUGCCCCUGGUAUGUGUAGUUUUGGGAUUGACCUUUAUUUCUAAAAUUCAUUAUUUUAUCAUGUUCUGACAUCCAUCCACUUCUCUCUACACAUGUUCAGUAUAGUGUUGAGAAAAUUGAAGUAUAUUUAGGAUUCUCGGAUUAUGAUUUAUUCAUUAUUGUACCUUAAUACUGUAUUUACUUGAGGUGGUCGUGCUAUAGGUUAUUGGGUUAUCCAGAGUUAAAAGAUCCUUAUAUCAACUAUUAAAAUUACAAUAAUUUUUAAAUAUUUUUUAAAUCCUGUAAAUGUAGUUGAUUUUUAUUACAAGGCAGAUAGAUACCUUUGAAACGUAUAUAUUAGUCAUGUAUAACAAACCAAGUAACAAUUUAAAAUCUUUGUUUGCAAAGAAGAUACAAUGAAUACCAUAUCAUACCAUGAGAAUGUGCUACAGGCAUGAAGCUCACAAAUGGUGAAUUGGAUUAUGAGAUGCACAGUGAAAUCAUGAUACAAAGAAAUUAAUGUUAAUGGUUUUUUAGCAAGUACCGGUACCACUAGAAUCAUCGCUGCUUUUCAGUCCCAUCUUUCAAAUAAGAGUCAAUGCUGAACCGAGGCCCUCUUCCUUUUGUAUGCACAUGUAGUAUUCUGGCCAAGGGCUGCCCCCACAAUGCAACAGUUGCAUCAUCUUUCGUGUAAUUCUUUUAGUUAAGAAUUGUUACGCUGUUUUCUUGAUAUUGUUUAUCUUUAUUUAAGAAACAGAUUUGUUAAUAGAAUUACCAAAAAUAGAAAGAAAAAAAGGGCAGAUCACUGGUUGAUGGUUGUCAUAGGUAACUGCGUACAGGGGAGAUACAGUUAUACAAAAUCAUCAGAAGUAUUCCUGAAAUGUUAUGGAAGAAAUGAUUUUCUUGUGUAGAUGCAAAUGGGCAAAGCACAAAAUAACUCAAUUCAUGCAAUUUGUGCAAAGGCAAGAGGAGAAGAUGCAGGGAUAUAUAAAUAAAAGAAUCAAGUUGUGACAUCAUUGAUACUCAAAUGAAAGAGUUGCCAUAUAUCUUUAUGAAAAAGUGAUCUUUAUACAACCUUUUUGUCAUCUAUUUUCUUCCUGAUCAAGUAUGGUUUGAUAUUCAUCUACAUUUUAAAGAAUACAUUUUGAACAAUGAAUGGUGCAAUCAGUGUGUGAGAUGAUGAUGAUGAAUAAAUGUACAAUGCAUUUCAUA